AUGGCGGCGGAGUCGGAGGGGCGGCCCCCUGCGCGGGACGGGGAAGGGGACGGGGACGGGGAUGGCGGCGGCGGCGACUCGGACGCGGAGGACAGGGAAGAAUGGGCCGACAUUGAACCAGUACCCCAAAAUGAUGGGCCAAAUCCAGUGGUACAGAUUAUCUACAGUGAGAAAUUCAGAGAUGUCUACGAUUACUUUCGGGCUGUUCUGCAGCGGGAUGAAAGGAGUGAAAGAGCUUUCAAUUUAACUGCAGAUGCAAUUGAAUUAAAUGCUGCAAAUUACACAGUAUGGCAUUUCCGGAGAGUCCUUUUGCAGUCUUUGAAAAAGGAUUUACAGGAGGAACUUAAAUAUAUUACAGCUAUCAUUGAAGACCAACCAAAGAACUAUCAAGUCUGGCACCAUCGACGAGUGUUGGUAGAGUGGCUGCAGGAUCCAUCUCAAGAGCUUGAAUUUAUAGCUGACAUUCUUAACCAGGAUGCCAAGAAUUACCACGCCUGGCAGCACAGACAGUGGGUUAUUCAGGAGUUCAAGUUGUGGGACAAUGAACUGGAAUAUGUAGAUCAGCUUCUGAAAGAGGAUGUGAGAAACAACUCUGUUUGGAACCAAAGACACUUUGUUAUUUCCAACACCACUGGCUAUGAUGAUCCUGCUAUUCUAAACAGAGAAGUCCAAUACACUGUAGAGAAGAUCAAGGCAGUACCACAUAAUGAAAGUGCAUGGAACUAUUUAAAAGGUAUUCUACAGGAUCGUGGUCUUUCCAAAUAUCCAGACCUAUUAGAGCAACUCCUGGAUUUACAGCCAAGCCACAGUUCUCCCUAUCUAAUUGCCUUUCUGGUAGACAUAUAUGAAGACAUGCUAGAAAACCAGUGUAGCAACAAGGAAGACAUUCUAAACAAAGCUCUAGAGUUAUGUGAAAUUCUGGCUAAAGAAAAGGACAUAAUACGAAAGGAAUAUUGGCGAUAUAUUGCAAGGUCCCUUCAGAACAAGCACAGCACAUGCACUGAACAGAGUUUGCCAGUAGAUGCACAGCAGUAACUGCAUGUGGAGGAAAAUGGUGUUAAUCUCUUGGAUUGUAUUAAAGAAGCACGAAGUGGAGCACCAGCCAGGAUCAAGUUAGAUGGACUGUUCCCCUUGGCUGGGGUAUGAUGUAACUGUCCAUGCAUUGCACAGGUAUUACUUAUAAUAGAAACUGAGCACCAAGUGUUCAGUGUAACACAAUGUUCUCUGGUCAUGGCUGCUACUUACAAUAGCUAAGGGUGGAUCCAAGAAAUGUAUUUAAGUCUUAAUACUUACUUGAAAUAUACCAAAUAAAAGACUUAUUUCUUAAUAGUUAAUUCCUAAUGCUAUAUUACUUUUAAAGCACUAAACCAAUUUUUCACACCCUAGCUAAUUCAUUUGGCGCCCUGCACCUCCUAAUGAAAUGAGCACAAAAAAUUGUGUGCAGUCAAUGUAACUAACUUAAUAUUAGUUACUGCAAGCAGGAAUACAAUUGUUGCCAUACAUUAGAGCAGCUAUGCAACACUGACCACAUUGUGCUAUUGUACCCAACUAAUGCAAACCAUAUGGUUUUGUAAUAAAAGUGUAGAUACAUUUAAAAUACACAUAUGAGACCUUUAGCAUCUUUCUUUCCUAUACAGACUGUAUUUUAGCACCAAGAAUUGACAACUUGUCCAUAACAGUUUUGUUAAUGGUAAAUCAAACAAUAGCCUUUGGCAAUUUGAUACAUACUUCUGUUAAGAGGAUUUAGGCUUCCAUGUUGCAUUAAUUUGGUGCAUUUUGUUCCCUGGAGUAUUCUGAUCUCAAUACUGGAAGGGAGCUUUCAACAUAUUUAGUGUAAAGGGAAGCCUUGAUUCUUAUUUCUAGGGAAUGUGGGAGUGCUGAGUGCAUUUAUUGUCUCAAACCCGAUUAAACCUUCUCUGUGUAAUAUUUGGACAACUGAAAUUUGAAACAACAGAAGUUUUUUAGCAUCAUCCACACUCAAAUUAUUUUCAUGAUAAACAAGGUUCCCCUCAUAUUACAUCUCAAAUCAAAAUAAAUGCAGUCAAAACAUUAUAUUGCUUCCCUUGACUAAAUCUG